AUGGCGAUGAUUGGAGGUGGACUAGAUGAUCCACUGAUGCGACAUCUGGACGACAAUGUGGCGUACCCUAAGCGUCUUAGGACCUCUUUGUCGAAGAUAAUGGAUAAACAAUUAGAAUACAGUAACAUUGGGAACGUUGUGCCCAUGGGGUCUAGAACCAGGUCACGGUCUCGCUCGGGCUCAAUUAGUGGGGAGAGUGGUUGCUCGCAAGCACCAAUUACUGCAAUGCUACGGUCGUCAUCUCCAGUGAGGAUGGGGUCUGUGUCCAUGACAGAGCAUCCUCCUGUUCAAUUACCCAAAAUGUUCAAGAAGGAAUACCUAUUGAAGAACAACAAUAGCAGCCAAGUGAUAAAGAACGUACCACUUGGAUGCAAGAAGGACUCUGUCGUGAAGCCUAUUAUGUUGAAUCCGAAACAGGGCCAUUCGAGGACUACUUCAACUUGCUCUCAAAUGACCAAUGUGACGACCAAAUAUGUUGAACUUGACGCACCGGCAUUGGGCAACAGAUUUCCGUCGUCAGAUUCAUUUGCAUCUAGCUCGCCAACAGUGACUGCUGAAUUGAAACUACGGCUACUUGCAGACGAGGAAACUCAACUGUCGGGGCAUAGCAAUAAAAGGCAGAGUAUACUCUCCAAUUUUAUGAAUGAUGAGCAAAUUUGGUUGAAUGAGAAGCAGGAUUUCCAAUAUCCUGACGACACCUAUUUCGAUAAGGAAAGAAUAGACCUAACUAUAAAAAAUCUUGAACUGCGGAUAGACGAGUUGAAGCUGGAUAAUGACAAAUUGCAUUUAGAUAACAAGAACUUGAAGCUGGAAAACGCAACUCUAACCAAAGAGAACGAAAGUCUUGCUUUCCAAAACAAAACGCUGUUCAACCAUAUGCAAUCUCUGCCUCGGAUAUCAAACACAGACUUUAUUAUACGCAAACAAGGACGGGCAGACCAUGAUCUACCCAUUCCUGAGAAACUUUUGCUGCAAUCAGACGAAUUGGUAAAGAUAGCUGUAGAAGGGAAAAUAAAGGAACUCGAGAAGGAUUUGGCAAGAUACAAAUGCAUACGAAAGGCUGUGGAAUCAAGAUUGAGCCCAAGAAAGAGCAGAUUUAAAUACCUAACGGGAGAGCAACUAGAUGCUUUGGUAGAAGACGAUUCAGACGAACACGAUACCUCCUUAAAUAAUAACGCUACGGCCACAAAAGCAAGCGGCGACAAAAAGACACAGGUGAUAUCAACGGUAAAGCUAAAACUCAAUGUCGAGCUUCCACCUGAACAACGCUCUGAACUCGAAUCGGAAUCGGAAUCCGCAUCUAGUCCUACCAGGUUACAAAAUGGCUUUAAUUUACGCUUAAAAUUAGCCUCGCCAGCAAAGAAUGACGAAAACUAUAAUCAACUAUAA